AAGUCAGGGUCGGCGGCGGGGCUCCGGACGCGGCCAGGGACUGAUGGCGUCGCAGUGGCUGGGAGUGCGUCCGAAUUCCUCACCAAAUUCAUGACUUAGCGGCGGAAAUCUUCUCCAACACACACCAUAAUGGCAUCAUCUUCAUGGGAGAGUUUCAUCGCGUCAACCACCACCCCCUCCACCCCUUCCCCCGCCUCCUCCGCACCCAUCACGCCCCCCACCGCACCCCCCGCCCAGACCACCCCUGCCCCCACCACCACCCCCGCCCCGGCCGCCCCAGCACCCCCAGGCCCCCCCGUGCAGCAGACCUUCCCGCCCACCACUGAUCCUCACCACCACCACCACCACCACCAGCAGCACCACCACCACCAGCCUCCACCCCCCCAUGGAUACCAGUACCCCCCGCAGACACCGUACCCUGGGGCCAGAGUGUCCAUCCCACCCCCCCAGGGCACAGCAGCAGGGGGCAGUGGUACCACCCCCGCCCCCACCCCGCACACACCGGUCGGGGCGGCUCCGGGGGUAGGGGUGCAGGAGACGGACCUUCCCCCGGAGAUGCUGGCAGCCGGGUGGAGGAAGUUCUGGAGCAAGAGGGAACAGCGGGUGUACUUCUGGAACAGGGCCACAGGGGAGAGCCUCUGGGAUAUGCCCGGGACUGCACAGACGCACGGACAGCCCCCAGGGCAGCAGGUCGGGUCAGGUCACCACCCACACCCACAUUACGACCCCAUCAGUGACCCGCUGGGGAUUCAGAACCCUUCCAACGGCAGCGGAGGCGGAGGUGGUGGUGGUGGUGGUGGAGCGACCCCCACUUCCACCACCACCUCCACCCCUACCCCCACCACCCCCACCACGCCCAGCCAGAGAUCUGAAGUCUCUCCCGUUGCCUCCAAGCCCCCUCCCCCCCUCCCCCCGCACGGAGAGGCCUUCCCUCCACACCCGCGCCCUGGCAAAAGCACCCUCAACAACACCGCCACCCCCACCACCCCGACCACGCCAGGCCCCAUUCCAGGCGGGGGGGGCGGGGCAGCGGCUGGCACCCCCAUCUCGCCCACCAGUGCCCCGGCGGUGUCUGGGGUCAAGAGGAGAGCGUCGGAGGAAGCUGCUGGUGCCCCUUUGCCGAAGAAGUUUGUCCUGGCCGGACCGUGGGACUUGGAGAUCCCCACCAACGUGAUCAUGUUUGAGCGGCCGCCCAUCACCUUGCCGCAGCCCUACCCCAGCGUGGAGGUGCUCCGCGGACAGCUGGUGGCCAAGCUGCGCUCAGGCUACCAGGAGAUGUCCCAGGCCAGGCAAGGCAUCGACGCACCCCGGGACUCCUUUAGCCGCUGGUUGAUGGAGCGGAAGGUAGUUGACCACGGCUGGGACCCCUUGCUCCCAUCCCAGUGCUUCCCCGAGGUGAGCCAGUCGAUGUACCGGGAGAUCAUGAACGACAUCCCUAUCAAGCUGGAGCGCCCGACCUUCACCGGCAAGGCUCGGAAACAGCUGUCCAAGUAUGCCGAGGCUGCCAAGAGGAUGAUUGAGACCAGCCGCAACGCAAGCCAGGAGAGCCGCAAGAUCGUCAAGUGGAAUGUGGAAGAUACAUUUCAGUGGCUCCGGCGGACAGUUGGAGCGACAUUUGAUGAUUACAUGGACCGCUUGGCUCACCUCAAGAGGCAGUGUCAACCCCAUCUCACCGAGGCCGCAAAGCAGAGCGUCGAAGGCAUUUGCACCAAGAUAUAUAACCUGUCCGCCGAGCACGCUAGGAAGAUAAGGGAGAAACACUUGCAAAUAUUGGAGGAGAAUAACAUUAGAGAGGUGGGCGUUCCAGCGGUGAGUGGGCUGCGCAAGGUAUGGUGUUAUCCGGUACAGUUUACGACACCCUCCCCGCGGCCCCCUCCCAUAGACUUCAUGCAAGACAAAGAUACCACUUGCCUGCGGUACAUGGGAGAGGGUCUCAGAAUCAACACACCGUACUUCCAUAAGCUGGAACAACUUUACCGGUACAACUGUUUCGAUGACCGCAAGUUUGAGCUGUUCCUGCCUCGUGUGUGGUGUUUGCUCAAGCGCUAUCAGUCUCUGCUGGGCACCAACCCUAAUGAGGGCCACGCGACGCAGUGCGGCCUCCCAGUGACGGUGAUGGAGUGUCUCAACAAGCAUUUCUCGGUCACGCUGGAGUGCUUCGCGUCACCCCUCAAUUGCUACUUCCGUCAGUACUGCAGCGCCUUCGCCGACACCGACUCGUACUUUGGGUCAAGAGGGUGAGUGUUGGAUUGGCACCCUUCCUUCUCUCUCCCUGCCCCUGAGGCCAACCCGCCCUUCUGUGAGGAGCUGAUGGAAGCCACGGUCCGCCACUUUGAGAAGCUGUUGUCUGAGUCCCAUGAGCCUCUGUCUUUCAUUGUGUUCGUGCCGGAGUGGAGGGAACCCGCACCUUCCGCCCUACUGCAUCUGGAGGCAUCAAGGUUCAACAGGAAACAGAUCGUGCUUCUUCCAUUUGAACACGAGUACAGACAUGGAUUCCAGC